AACAAAUAUAAGAUUUACUUAUAAAAGCUGUGCUGUGUUGUGUGUCCUAGUGAUAUACCGUGUGCACCAAAACCUUUAAGUUAUAAUGGGUAACAAGCAAUUGAAUAAAAAGAAGACAUCUCGAAAAAGACAACUCGGAAGAUUCCAACAAACAAUGGAACUAACGAAAAGAAGAAAAUUGGAUAAUUUCACAGCCGAACAUGAUACUAUAUCUUUAGACUACAUCGAACUGCAAAAUAUGGAAAUGGAAUCUCCGAUUUCAUCAACCACUGACAUUCAAAGUAACGAUGAGGCGACCGGCUCAAACAUUUUGAACCCACGCAUUGCACAGGUGGAUGACACUUAUCGGGUUCCUAGUAUAUUAGAGGAAGAAGAUACCCAUGAGUUACAAAUAUCGUUCAAUGUGGAAGAAGAGCUUCCUGACAAAACCGUCGGUCGAAGAAUUGUCGCACAUGACUUGCGUUGCCGCGACUCCAUACUUGAAGUCGCGCUGCGCCGUGGAACCGUGCGCCCGCUGGGCUGA